CUCAGUAGAUCGAGAGCCAGCACCGACUCGUAUCUUCUCACCUACCCGUCUUCCACCUUCUCUCAAAGUCCGCGAUCCUCAAACGGCUCACCAUGAAGUUCACGGGCCCCGGUGUCGUCCUGGCCGCCCUCGCCAGCAUCAUGACCCCCGCCAGCGCUGCUCCCACUGAGUCCGUCACGACUCCCAAGUCGAUUCCUGAGUCGGGCGUGGUCUGGACUCCGAGCCCGCACAAAACCACCAACAGCAGCACCAACACCUCGGGCGGCGCCAACCGCUUCGCCAUCGCCGCCAUCAACGACUGCGGCGACUCGACCUUCAUCAACCAGUCAUCGGGCGGCUCGCCGCUCGUCGCCGACUGCUGGCGCCUGCACGACAACAUCGCCGGCGACGGCACCUGGACUGUCUGGACGUCGCAGCGCACCAUCGCCACCUACGGCACCUGCGCCUUUGGCGUCUCGCCCAUGUAUAGCCCCGCCGAGAUUGGCAACGGGGACGUCCGCGACCUCAUCCGCGACUCGAUCGCCCGCUUCCAGUGGUUCGACAAGGUUGGCGCCAAGGGCGUGAUGCAUUGUGAGCGGCCGUUGGGGGACUGGACUGAGGUCGAGUGGGGCAUCUAUCACACUUAAGAGGGAGCGACCGACCUGGUUCGAGAUGGGGAGUACCAUGUAGCUUUCUUAGGUGUGUCGUCGGUUCUGGGUACUAGGUAGCCUUACCUUGGUCGCUGGCCUGAAAGAGCAUAGCCCAGAACACAGGACAUUACCUACCUGGUAACUGAUUCUCCUCACACACUAAACCCUGGAGUGC